AUUAAAAUAAUCCCAUUGUUUCCUGUUUUACAGUCAAUCAACACACUUGUGUGAUAACAACAACACAGACAGCGGGUCUUGUCCAUUAUCACCAGCUUUUAUGACACUAACUUCUUUAGUGUCUCUGGGAACAUGUGCACAGUGGGAGCACACUUGGCCAGUGGCAUCAGGCACCGAUAAACCCCAGUGUGUGUGUGUGUGUGUGUGUGUGUGUGUGUGUGUGUGUAUAGGUGUGUGACAGCAGCGUGCCUUCCUCCCAUAUGCCAGCUGUGGCAGCUGCACAUCAUGUGUUUAUGUGUGACUUCACCCUGAGAUUACAGCACUGGUGUUCCAGCUGAUGUCCAUAAACGCAGACGUACAGUGGGCAGUUUCCUAAGAACACAAACUUAUCGACUAGUCCUUCAGGAGAACAACGGAACUACAAACUGCCUACAUAAAUCUUGUAAAGGGAAAAAAAAACAUUAUGCUGAUUGGAAAAAAUAAAAAAUGAAUAACAAGUGACUUUAAGGGCAACAGUUAAUUAUCGCUGACAUGCAUGGGUCAGAGGUGGAGGGUCAUGGACCAGAAAUGGCCCUCUGAAUAUGAGUUUGAGAGCAUUCACUUCAGGCUUGCAAGAAGCUAGAGCCACGGAGUAAAGAAAUGGUUAGACGAUGAAGAGUUCACCUGUACACCACAGGGUCAGACUGUCAGGGAGGCCAAUGGCAUGGCAGGAAGCAGGCAGGAAAAUCAUAAAAAAAAAUCAUUAAAAAAAAAAACUCACUGGGUCACAGGAAGACAAUGCAUGGACAUCACAGGGCAUGAACACAGAGCAUAAACUGACUCGACUCGACCAGAACAGCACAGAGUGAGGGAGAGAGGUAUAUAUACCCAGGGCACCAGGUGACAGGAGUGAGACUAAUGACAGAGACACAGGUGUGUGUGAUGACACUGAUUACCCCACACAGCAGGACCAGAGAACAGACAGAUCUGACACAUACUGUUCAUGUUCCCAUUCACACCACAGGUCAAGUCAGCGUGAACAGUGAACCAAGUCCUGCUUGUUUUUAGACUGUAAAGUGCAUACAUUUAAAUAGAAGGUUUUCUUGUUGUCUUUCACAGGGAAUACAGAGACACUUGAUUUAUGAAACCUAAGGUUAGGGCCUAUUUCAUGAAGCCAAAAAUGACUGAAAUAUUGAUGCAACGUAAUUAUCGUAUUCCAAGGGAAGAAAAUGUCAGCUUUUGUUCCAAUUUUACAAACCAUGAAUUAUGCAUUUGAAAAAUUGUCAAAAGAAAAGUCCACUUAUAUAUCCUAAUAAAGAAGCACUCACUUUUUGACACUAAGUAAAAAGCAGCCAUUGCUGCUUCCAAGGCCAAUUAUCCUCACCCUCACCUACUCAGUAUGCCACAGAGUGGUGCAACAGGUGGUAAAAUGUGUCUGCAUAGAAACAUCUGUGUUUGGUUCAGAAAUUAAAACCCUGGUUUCCUAGUUGACCAACGUCCAUUUGAUUAAAAUCUCCAGCUGACAGUGGAGACAGAGAGCUGCGGAGACGGCACCUUAAAAGCCACGGCCGGCCGCGGAGCUGCUUCUGUUCUCAACAUGAGGCCCCAACCUCCCAAGAAAUCAGCCAUUCUUAGCCACUGACCCACAAAUAACAGACUCAGUCACAUCCAGCUGACCCCACGGCUGUCAGUGCUUCUAGUCUUCUGAGAGUCAUUUUCUCGGUGUCUCCAUUAGACGCUGAGAUAUUGUGGAGGUUUGAGGAGCCCCUCAGUUUGACUGAGGACUCUGGAGGAUGACAGGAUUUCACCUUGGGCUCUGACAGCUUUUCUUCACACAGCUGCAGUUGCAGUGAUGUCCAACUCAGAAGACACAGCCUAUGGGCCGAGGAUGGGUAUGACAGGCGAGUCCCUCACAGCUUUGGACCGAAGUAGAGGCUCUGCAGAAACCUGGGACAUGGAGACCAAACCAAAUGUGGAAACUCUGGAGCGAGGCAUGUCGGGUGUCUAUCUUUCCUGUUUCGACAUGCUUCUCACAGAAGAUGCGGCCUGGCUGGUGAAGGUCUCCGAGGCCUCCUCGGUGGCCACUGUGCCCAUGAUCCACAUGGAACCACGAGAAGAGCCGGAACAGUGUCCCGUCAUCGACAGCCAGGAGCAGGGACUGUCCCCCGGGCUGGAGGGUCAGGAGGAGGAGCGCUCCCUGGAGCAGGUGCAGAGCAUGGUGGUGGGAGAGGUGCUGAAGGACAUUGAAACAGCCUGCAAACUGCUCAACAUCACUCCAGACCCCAUAGAGUGGAACAGUGGAAAUGUGCAGAAGUGGCUGCUGUGGACCGAACACCUGUACAGGUUGCCCCAUGCAGGAAAGUCCUUCCAGGAGCUGACGGGAAAAGACCUGUGUGCCAUGAACGAGGAAGAGUUUCGUCAUCGCUCGCCACAGUGUGGCGACACGUUGCACGCUCACCUGGACAUAUGGAAGUCAGCUGCCUGGAUGAAAGAGAGGUGUUCAGCUGGAGACAGCAGGAGCACAGGCAACGAGAACCUCUGGUCUGAGGCCGACUCUUCCUGCUCAGGUCAACCUAUCCAUCUGUGGCAGUUUCUCCGAGAGCUGCUGCUCAAACCACACAGCUACGGGCGCUGCAUCCGGUGGCUCAACAAAGAAAAAGGUAUCUUUAAAAUUGAAGACUCGGCCCAUGUGGCCAGACUGUGGGGUCUGAGAAAGAACAGACCGGCUAUGAACUAUGACAAACUGAGCCGCUCCAUACGUCAGUACUACAAGAAGGGCAUCAUCCGUAAACCUGACGUGUCUCAGAGACUGGUUUACCAGUUUGUUCACCCGGUAUGAAGAGGAGGAGGAGGAGAAGGAGGAAGGAAGACAAGAACAUAUGCACUGACCAACCCCAAUGACACACACUUGGACUGUCAACGCUGAAGACAGCAGACAGCUGCUGUAUGUAUGGAGACGUAUCUGUGCCUGUGAUGAGAGGAGUGUGGAUGCUGAGGCUUUUUUUCUGCUGCAGAAUGAAACCAAUGAUUAAAAAUCAACAAAUAACAAUAGUAAUAAUAAUCCACAGUGCCUUUUAUUUGCAUAUUCUGCCUCUUUGCCUCUCUGCCCCCCCCCCUCCCCCCCCACUCCACAGUUUAACUUCUUAUUUACAAGCACCAGGAAGAAAACAGUCCAUUGUUCCUCUCAUUAUUUUAAUUGCACUCCUGUGUUGCUGGUCUCUGUUUGAGUUGGAGCCAGUUUUUCUGCCUCAGAUGAACAUGUGGUUAAGAAUCAUCAGCUCUUCUUCUUUGGGUUUGGUCCCGGUUGUUGUCCUUUUUAACGUGGGCCAAAUCUGUGGAUCCUUCGAUUAUGGACUGGGUCUACAGUACUGUUUGAUUGUGAGGAAGGAUUCAUUGUUUCUGUUUCCCCUGUCUCUGUACCUGUGACUGUCCCUCAGCGUCCACCACGCGCUCCUGUUGUUUACUGUAAUUAUCACAUGCUAAGCAUUUCAACAACUCCUGUUUGUUUCAAAUAAAGAGAUUGGACGAUACAGUCAAA